CGAUGAGAGAAUUGCAGUUGAUCCACUUAUAUGGAAAAUUUAUCACAUUUAUCAUAUUAACCACUUCCAGUUGUUUUUUGCCGAUAUUGGUGUCUGGAUACAGUGACAUGAUUUUCGGAGCAAGAACACAGAAGCAGAUCGGGCAGCGUCUAGGAGCGGCGGACACGUGGCUGGAAGGAGUGCGGGUUAUACGGAAAUUGAACAGCGACAUGCGGCAGCACCGCUGCCAGACGGGCGCCGGUCGCCUGCCCCAGUCGAUCCUGUGUCCUACUGUUGCAAGUGACGAACACGAAACCGGUUCCGCAGUGGAUCCCGACUCUACCGUGAUCGCCGAUGGGAAUACUCGGAGCAACGACCGGUUUCAGCACCCGAAACGCCGCCGCAUAUCAUCGCCAUAUUUUGUCGGCUUGGGUCGCAUGCAUUCCGGCUCGGAAAUCGGUAAACUGCUGAGUGCCGAUACGGCAGCGCACUCGCCCCGAGGAGCUGGCCGGCGACGAAAAAGGCGCUAAUUGCGGUUGCAGAGAGGCACGCUGCGUCUGCUAUUCCGGAAGCAGGCAACCGUUCAGUCCGUCAGGAAAAUUACAUUUAUUUCUCCGAUAGUCUCAUCAAUGUGGAAUCUCCUUAUUGCAGAGUUAAUUUACUGCCUUUAAAUUAAUGACACUUCAGAGUUCGGUGUGUUACGUCGCAUCACAGCAUGUUUUUAUAUCAAUACAAUGUGCUGAGUGAAAAUGAGCAUUGUUAG